AUGAUCCUUGGGAACCUCAGUGGACUGAGUGAAUUCAGACUCCUGGGUUUUUCUGGAAUGUCUCAUUUGCACCCUUUGCUCUUUGUAGUUUUAUUAUCUCUUUAUGUUCUCACCUUGAUGGCUAACACAGUGAUAGCUUUCACAAUAAACACUGAUCACACCCUUCACACCCCGAUGUAUUUCUUCCUCACUCAGCUGUCCUGUUUGGAUAUCUGCUAUUUAUCAGUCAUUAUCCCAACCAUUCUGGAGAACCUGAUGGUGGGAACAGUAAGUAUUUCCAGGACAAGAUGUGCAAUGCAAAUGUUUUCCUUCCUUUUCUUCGGGGUGGCUGAAUGUUUUCUCUUGGCUGCCAUGUCCCUCGAUCGUUAUUUUGCAGUUUGCCACCCCUUGCAUUACACAAUUAUCAUGAGCAGCAGGGUCUGCAGGAGCCUGGUUGCUGGGAGUUACAUUUGUGGGGCUGCUGUGGGCUUAAUUCACACCCUCAUAACCUUCAGCUCACCCUUGUGUGGCUCUGCCAUCGACCACUUCUUCUGUGAGAUUCAGCCCCUGCUGGACCUGCUCUGUGGCAACACCUUCCCAAGAGAGCUCCAGGUCAUUGUGGUGGCUGUCUUUGCUAUUCUCAGCCCUUUCUUACUGAUAAUUUAUUCUUAUAUUCAUAUAAUUUCCACAAUUCUUCGCAUGGCAUCAGCUGAGAGCCAGCAGAAAGCGUUUUCCACUUGCUCCUCACACCUCCUGGUUGUGACUCUGUUUUAUGGCACUGCAGGCUCUGUGUAUCUGAGGCCAAAAUCCACCUACUGUGCAUCUGUGGAUAAAUUCCUCUCACUUUCUUAUUCUGUGCUGACUCCUUUAUUGAAUCCCAUCAUUUACAGCUUGAGGAAUAAGGAGGUGAAAGGAGCCCUGAAGAAAAAAUGGAGAAAAACGAAUUUACUGUGGAAAUGA